AUGGCUUCCAACAAUGAGUAUCAAACUCCAUUCAACUCGCGAUACUGUACCGAGGAGAUGAAGCAGCUCUUCUCCCCUCGGAACCGCUUCUCAACAUGGAGACGACUUUGGACUUGGCUAGCGGAAGCAGAGAAAGAGCUUGGGCUAGCAGGCAUUUCAGAUCAGGCCUUGGCCGAAAUGCAAUCUCAUAUAAUUAUCAGAGACGAAGAAUUCGCGCUGAUAGAGGUGGAAGAGAAGAGGAGGCGACACGACGUGAUGGCCCACGUUCAUGGCUUCGGGUUGGCCGCGCCUAGUGCUGCAGGCAUCAUUCAUCUGGGAGCCACAUCUUGCUACGUAACAGACAACGCCGAUCUCAUUUUCCUGAGAGAUGGACUCGACCUUCUCUUACCAAAGCUUGCCACAGUAAUAAAGAAGCUGUCAGACUUCGCCCGCAAAUAUCGAGACCAAGCAUGCCUUGGAUACACCCACGGCCAGCCGGCAGCAUUGACCACCGUGGGAAAGAGAACAUGUCUCUGGAUUCAAGAUCUUUUAAUGGAUUUAAGGAACAUUGAGCGUUCUAGGUCAGAUCUUCGCUUCCGAGGCGUCAAAGGGGCUACUGGCACGCAAGGCACUUUCCUUUCUCUGUUCAGAGGAGACCAUUCUAAAGUAGAGGAGCUCGACGAGCUUGUUACGAAGAAGGCGGGUUUCGAAUCAGUCUUCACCAUCAGCUCUCAGACGUACUCUCGCAAGAUCGAUCUCGACGUCUGCAACUCUCUUGGCUCGUUCGGCGCGACAUGCGAGCGCAUUUUCACAGACAUCCGCCAUUCCGCAAUGAUGAAAGAAAUCGAAGAACCGUUCGAAACAGAUCAAAUCGGAAGUUCCGCAAUGGCGUUCAAAAGAAAUCCCAUGCGCUCCGAGCGAGGAUGCGCGCUCGGACGGAAGCUGCAGAACCUGCCAAUGGACGCUAUGGCUACGUAUGCUCAUCAGUGGUUCGAACGAACGCUAGAUGAUAGUGCAAUCCGAAGAAUUAGCAUUCCGGAAUCAUUCCUUUGCGCUGAUGCGUUGAUGCUACUUUUGGACAAUGUAAUGUCCGGUCUUGUCGUGUACCCAGCCGUCAUCGAGAGGCGAAUAGCCCAAGAACUUCCCUUCAUGGCUACCGAAAACAUCAUCAUGGCCCUCUCCGAAGUCGGCGUCUCCCGGCAAGAAGCCCACGAAGAAAUCCGCGUCCUCUCCCACCAAGCUGCCGCGGCCGUCAAAAUGGAAGGCAAGGACAACGACCUACUCGACCGUAUCCGAAAACAAGAGUUCUUCAAGCCGAUCAUUGGACAGCUGGAUCAAUUGCUUGAACCCAAGAGUUUCUACGGUAGGGCACCGCAGCAAGUGGAUAAAUUCACAGGGCCUGGUGGCGAAGUUGAGAGCGCGUUGGCGAAGUACGAGGAUGUGAUUCGGAAAGGGGGAAGGGUGGAUUUGAAUGUUUAG